AGAAGUGACCAAUCCAAGUGGUUCUAUAGAUGUUCUCGGUUCUCUCACGAAGAUAGAGGAAAAGGCAGAAAAAAGGAACCGUGCCAAUGAACCUUUAUUGAGCAAAAACACGGAGAAAAACUGACAAGGGUUUUGGAUUUAGUAGUUUUCUAUGCAGAGAGUGUGUAUUUUAUGCGUUCAAUCUGUGGAUUACGCGAUUUGGACGGGUGCUGGCAGAAUGGAUAUCAUGGCCCUGGCUAUAACAUAUUGAAUAGCUCGCUAGAGGAGCGCAACGCGGACAGUGUAGACAAUUCAUGGGGCAUUGUACGGAAAAUGGUGGAUCAUUUGCCUUGACUGCAAUUGUUAUUUCAAAUUUCUGUCGUCAUAUUCUCCCACUCAAGACUAUUUAAUGGCGUGUUUGUCGGUCUUUUCGCCUUGUCUAUAUUUCACCCGCAACACUCAUAUUUCAACAAUUGAGGUCGCAUCGCGGUAGCUCGUUUCCCAGCUUGAUCCAACCCUUUUUAUGUGAAAUUCUACUAGUCAAUAGACCUAUUUCUAUCCCUAGUAGAUUUUUUUCCCUUAUUAUUCGAUAUGGAUUUCAACAGCAGCGGCGGGGGAAAUGAGCUACACAACAACCAGUUCUAUCAGUCCGAGGAGAGCAAGCCUUUGCUCGAGGAGAUGUCUGGGCCGACAGCGCCGGAGGGAAAUAAUAACAACAAGCUAGGAGCCGGGCCGUGCAAGAGAACCCUUCUCCACUGCAGCAGCGGGAUGCGAUAUAAACUGUUGCAGGAGGGUGACAUCCAGGUGUGUGUGGUCAAACACCCUCGGACCUUCCUCAGCAAAAUCCUAACCUCGAAAUUCUUACGGAGAUGGGAGCCGCACCACCUCACUCUGACAGACAGCAGUCUCGCUUCUGCGACGCCCACUGGCUACAUGGAGACGGCCCUGUCCUACAGCACCAUUGAGGACCUGCAGCUGCUGUCCUGGGAUAACGCCCCCAAGUACUGCGUCCAGCUCAGCUUCCCUGGUGGUACCGUACUGCUGCAGGCUGCCAACAGCUACCUGAGGGACCAGUGGUUUCAUUCCCUCCAGUGGAAGAAAAAGAUCUAUAAGUACCGUAAGGUUCUGAACAACCCGAGUCGCUGGGAGGUGGUUCUGAAAGAGAUCCGUUCCCUGGUGGACCUGGCCUUGACCUCCCCUCUGCAGGACGAGUCCAUACACCAGGCCCCUCUUCACAUCAUCUCUACCCUGCUGGCAGAGAACACCAACCUCAGCCCUCAGGACCACGAAAACAUCAUAGUGGCCAUCGCUCCUCUGUUAGAAAACAACCACCCACCUCCCGACCUGUGUGAGUUUUUCUGCAAGCACUGUCGUGAGAGACCUCGCUCCAUGGUGGUGAUCGAGGUGUUCACUCCUGUGGUGCAGAGAAUCCUCAAACACAACAUGGAUUUUGGGAAGUGCCCCAGACUGCGUCUCUUCACCCAGGAGUACAUCUUGGCUCUGAAUGAGCUCAACGCCGGCAUGGAGGUGGUGAAGAAGUUCAUUCACAGCAUGCACGGUCCGACGGGGCAGUGCCCUCACCCGCGUGUCCUGCCCAACCUGGUAGCAGUGUGCCUGGCAGCCAUCUACUCCUGCUACGAGGACUACAUCAACAGCCGAGACAACUCCCCCAGCCUGAAGGAGAUCAGGAACGGCUGCCAGCAGCAGAACGACCGCAAGCCCCCCCUGCCCCUCCGCCUCCUGCGCCCCGAGCCCCCGCCCGCCCCCCCGCCCCCUGCCCUCCUCCCCCUCUCCCCCCCUCCGCCCGGCCCCGUCCCCCCCGCCCCCACGCUGCCCCUCUCCCCCCCGCCCUCCAUCGUCAACUCCAGCGAGAUCCUGGUGGAGCUGGAGCGCAGCAACAACCAGGCCAACGUGCGCAGGAGGUCCCCAGCGGGGGGCGACGGCGAGCCCAACCUGAUCGACUGCCUGCUGGUGAGCCCCGCCCUCAACACCCUCUCCAUCCAGCUGCCCGCCCAGGCCGACCGCGUCCUCGGCUGCUUCGCCCUCAUCCUCAAGAUGCUGUCUGACUAUGAUGACUGGAGACCAGCUCUAGCCAGCCUGCUGCAGCCCAUUCCCUUCCCCAAAGAGGGCCUUGCUCAUUCCAAGUUUACAAAGGAGCUCAAACAUGUCAUUCACCGGUUUGCAGAGGAUCCGAGACAGGAGGUCCACUCCUGUCUGCUCAGUGUGCGUUCUGGGAAGGAUGGCUGGUUCCAGUUGUACAGUCCAGGGGGUGUGGCUUGUGAUGAUGACGGGGAACUGUUUGCCAGUAUGGUCCACAUCUUAAUGGGGUCCUGUUACAAGACUAAGAAGUUCCUUCUCUCCCUGGCCGAGAACAAGCUAGGUCCCUGUAUGCUUCUGGCUCUCCGCGGCAACCAGACCAUGGUUGAGAUCCUGUGUCUGAUGCUGGAGUAUAACAUCAUAGACAACAAGGACACCCAGCUCCAGAUCAUCUCCACGCUGGAGAGCACCUUGGUGGGCCUGCGCAUGUACGAGCAGCUCUGCGAUCGGCAGAGAGAGCUCAAAGAGCUGCAAAGAAAAGGAGGUCCUACCCGUCUCACUCUGCCCUCCAAAUCCACGGACGCUGACCUGGCCAGGCUGCUUAGUUCCGGUUCCUUUGGGAACCUGGAGAACCUGAGUCUGGCCUUCACCAACGUCACCAGUGCCUGUGCUGAGCAACUCAUCAAGCUCCCCUCUCUCAAACAGCUCAACCUCUGGUCCACACAGUUUGGAGACGCUGGACUGCGGUUGCUGUCAGAACACCUGGCCUGUUUACAGGUGUUGAAUCUGUGUGAGACUCCUGUGACCGACGCAGGCCUGCUGGCCCUGAGCUCCAUGAAGAGCCUGUGUAGUCUGAACAUGAACAGCACCAAGCUGACGGCCGACACCUAUGAAGACCUGAAGGCUAAACUGCCCAACCUGAAGGAGGUGGAUGUCCGCUACACGGAGGCUUGGUGAUCAUGCUCACAAGGGCACCAGCACCACGGGAACUAUGACAUCAUCAGAAAUGUGAGGAUUGCCUCAUAUCAUCAGAACACGUGACUCUGACAUCAUUAACCACUCCGCUUCUGAGGGGCCUUUCCCCCAAAGAAACGCCAGGACCGCCCAGUGACAUCACGUCCUCUCUAGUGACAUCAUGUCCUGCUAGAAUCAUCUUUCGAGUGACAUCAUAAUCAUUUAAACAAAGGAUCUCUUACCGGGCCCCCGUACCACAAGGACCUUUAUAGUGACAUCAUCAGGUGCCAGGAUCCACUCUCCUGUGACAUAAAGACCCUCCUGUCUGUGUCCGUCUGUCUGUCUGCCUACUGCCUUUCUCGCUCCUUUCUCUUCUUCUCUCUUAAGUGGUAGCAGUUUCUGUCCACGCCUCUUAGCUGACAGAACAAAUCGAGAGGAUCAAUCUGCCCCCUCCUCUCUCGCCUAAAUAACAUUAAACACUGUCUCCCUCUGCUCCCUCCCUCUCUCUCUCUCUCUCCCUCUCUCUUUGUCCAUCUACUAAGAGCUGUUGUACCCUGUUCUGGUGAAGGCUGGAUAAACCAUGCGUCACAUUCCAGUUCUCUUUUGAUAUUGCCUGUAGUUGGUCCAAACGCAGCACUCAAGACGACGUGUUCAAAGCUCGUGUUAGGUUUUUGGGUUGUCUCCAGGUUCAGACCCUGGUCAGUUAAGUCCUUCAUUGGUGACGGAUGCGACCUCAGGUUCAGAGAGAGGUUGCCAGACUGUGCCUGUUCCUCAUACGAUGUGCUCACUCUCAAAAUAAUCAACUUUUUAAUCAACUUGAAUGAACAUAUUUUUCCAGACAUCUCUGCUUUCAUAUACUGUGUGUUUAUAUAGAAGAUAUAUACGUAUAUAUAUAUACAUGAAUGUGUGUGUGUGUGUGUGUAUUCCCUGAUGACGUUUUGAAAACCAGACAUUACAGGAGCUCUGCUCUGAUCAGAAACCACCAGUGAUUUAGAAAAACAAAACCAUUUGACUUUUUGUUACUGUUUUCAGUGUACAUAAUAAGACCCAUAUUUAACAGACUGCUUGUGCAGUACAGUGGAUAGUCUGGGACUACCCUCUAUUUAUAACUCUUCCACUACCUUCUAAUGAAACUGCCCCUUCUAGACAGUUGCCACUGCAACAACCCCACCUUAACAUUCUAAUGGGUACACCAUACUUAGCCCCAGUGAUGGGACACUGUAACCAUGAAUACACAUUGGUGAUGCAGAGGGUCUGGUGACCAGGCCGUCCAAUCAGAGCUCCUUCUACGUAAGACAUCAAAGCCGGGUGUCGUUACAUGCCAUGGGAACGUGGGAGUCCCUCCCAGACGUGGACUUGAAGGUUCGUGGAAUGGACCUGUUCCCCCGAGGGUUCCACCAGCUGGUUGAGGGGAUAAAUGUAACAUCUGGGGUUCCAGAGGUGACAUUUGCCCAACAAAAUGGUGGGUUUGUGGAACUCCUUGGUUUGGGUCAUACUUCAGUAGGGGCUUGAGGGGCUCCAGCUCAUGAGAGAUGGAGACUGUGAAGGUCUACGUGAUGGACCUCAUGUCCUG